AGAGGCUAGUAGAGAUAUAUAAAAAAGGAGACUGGUAGUUGUAGUGAGAGUCAGAGAGUGUGAUAAAAGAGAUUGGCAGUUGUAAUAGGUUUAUAGUUAUACUGCCUUCUCCAUUACUCAUCUUCUUCUUUAUAUAUCUCUUUAUUCCUUUUAUUACUCUUUGAUUUUCUCAUUAAAAAUGGGUUGCGUAAGGAAAAACUUUUUGAUGUUGAUGUUAGUGAUGGUGUUGUUGUUUGUCUAUGGAGAACAUUGGGCUGAGGCUCAGGUUAACCACGUCGUGGGCGAGGAUCGUGGUUGGGAACUUGCUUCGGAUAUCGGUUCGUGGGUCGAGGGCCGGACCUUCAUUGUUGGGGACUUCCUAUGGUUUGCCUACUCAAGUGGCUUGGACAAAGACAACAUAGUAGAGCUAAAGAGCAAAGAUGAAUUUGAGUCGUGUGAUGUGAGCAACCCCAUCAAAAUGUACACCAACGGCGUUGAUCAAAUAGCUCUAGAACAGGAAGGAAUCCGCUACUUCACAAGUGCCAGCUCUGAGAGUUGCAAGAAAGGAUUGAAGCUUCCUGUUGAGAUCAAGUCUAAAUCUACGGCUGUGGUUCGACCAUCAUCAUCAUCAUUAUCAUGGACAUCUGCCUUAGCUCAAGAACCUACUGCUCCAUCUUCAUCAACUAAGAUUUAUGGGUCUACGUUCAUGAUUUUUGUUGCAAUCAUUAUUAAUCUUAUGGGUAUCUAGCUUAUUAUCAUGUCAUUCUAAAAUGUCAAUGUUUUUAUUCAACCUUUUAAAAAAUUUGUACUAUUGCAAAGGUGCCUUAAUUAGCCCUGCACAGCUUUCCUCUAUUUCUUGUGCUAAUGAAUAGGUGAAUAUCGAUUUGUUGAA